UUCAUCCGAAAGUAAAAUUCUAAUGCAAAAGAAAAAAAAACUUCAUAAUAAGACUAAAUCGAGUUAGAAAAAUAAAAUCUAAUUUAUUUAAGAAUCAAAAAGUAGAAAGCGAUUUAUUUAAAUCAACUAAAUCUAAUUUUUUUAUAGCAUCAGUAGAUUCCAUAAAUAAGCUUGGAUGAAAAAUAAGGGAAACAACAAUAAAAAAAAGCAGAGAGUGUAAAAUAGCACAAACGGAUAAGGUGGUUAGGAUCACCAUAUCCAAAACUAAAACUACCAUACAAAUUAGCAAAACACUGUAAAUUAGCACUAUUUUCAGACAUAAGGUCAAUUUGUAGCAGGGUAGAACAAAAACUAAAGCUAAAUUAUGUUGGAAGAGAUUGAGAAGAAUAAGAGGAAGUAUUAGGAGAUGAUAAUGAGGAAAAGAUAGUGGCUUUAGUAGUAGCAAAUGAUGUAGGGAGCAAAUUCAAAAGUAGAAAAUUAUUAGAUGCAUAUAGAGUAGUAGGAAGACUUUGACCUGAUUGACUCUUAUGAAGACUACGAUGGAUAUUAUGAAGAUGAUAUUUAUGACGAGCUUUAAGAUCAAAACUCAAAUUAAAACUAAAAUGAGAAUGGGUAACAGAACUUAGAAGACGAUACAUCUAAUUUAUAAGAUCAACUGGUUCAAUGCACAUACAAGAUAUUUUUAGGUUUUAUUCUAUUUGGCUGUGUACUUUUUGUUUAUAUUUUAUACACAACACUAUCACCAAGUAUGGAGAGCAAUCUUAAAAUGCAGAUUUUAAAAACAGUCAAAAGCAAAUAAACUUAACCUUCUUUUUAUGAAACUUAAAUAUUUCCUUAAUCUCUUUAUUAAGACUAUCCCUUUAAGUUAUUUUCUUACGAAGAUAAAGAUAUAGCUAGUUAUUUAAAUUAACCUAUCAGUUAAUUUUAUUGCAAUUUAUUAUUAGAAUCUGGUAAUGCAGCAGAUUGCGAGAAUUGUUAGUAUUUAAAAGACAGAAACUCAAACAAAAACAGCUAAGAAUCAAGCAAGCAAUUUAAAGGAACUUUUUAUAAAGUACCUUAAGAGACAGACAAUACAAAAAAAUCUGACUAAGCUUAAGAUAUAGAAUAUUUAUAGUAAAGUAAUAGGGAAAACGAUGAGUUGAAACAAGAAGAUUAAUCUCAGUUUUAAACAGUAUAUCAAAAUUUUUAAGAAAAUGAAUCUUAGCAAUGUUAUAUUAAAAAUAAAUUCUUCUUUGAAGAAACCUACAUCCCUAUUUUAUAUAUUCAUGGGCACGGAAAGGGUAAUCCUCAACAAAUUAACUCUUUAAACCAUCAACUUCAAAAGUUACUCAUAUAUGAAAACGAAAAGAAUCUCUAACAGCAAAAGUACUUUUAGAAAGAUUAGAAAAAUAAGUUAAAGUAAUUUAAAUUUUAUGCUAUGGAUUUUAAAAAUGCUCUUUCUGCAUUCAGUAUUACUCUGAUUGAAAAAGAAUAGGCUUCGGUUUAAAGAGCGAUUCAAUACAUAACAAGUAAAACAAGUGAAAAGCUUAUUUUGGUUUGCCAUUCAAUGGGUGGAUUUGUAUGUUUAAAUGUUUUAAGCUAAAUGCAAGAAGAAUUAGUAGUAAAAAUAUAACAAGUAAUAUUCUUAAAUUCACCACUUACUUAGCAUCCUUUGAAUUCAAAUACAGCUUUUUCUGACAAAUACAAAAAUAUGUAUAAGCAACUAAAUGAAAUUAAAAAUCUUUUACAGGAUAUUACUUUUUUGAGUUUCACUUCAGGUUCAUCUGAUAACCAAGUUAUACCAGAAGAAACAUACCUUAAACUCAAAUUAAAGAACAGUGCACAUUUUAACACUCAAGAACUUAGAGAUGUCUUUGUAACUCUUCAUCAUGAUGAUAUCUUAACAUACACGCCUUUUUUAAGUUUAUUGUCUAAGUAUUUUAUUAUGGACAGAUACUAUAAUGUGUUUUAGAAGGAUAUAAAUAUGAUAAAGCAUUAUUUUAAAUAAUUUGACAUUCAUUAUGAAGAUUAGAUCAACAGAAAUUAUUUUUCUUUCAAUAAAAAACAUUUGGAUGCUGAAUGCGCUCAAUUUAUGCCAAAAUUCGAGUAAUCUCAAACAUUCGAUCUUUUGCAAGUUGGUAGAAAGUUGAAUUUUCCAAAGCAAUCAAUACCCGAAGACCCAUCUUCUGACCCAAGAUCAUACCUGAACAAAGAAAAUUUGCUUUGUGUUAAAAUAUUAACUCAAAAUAUCAAGGCUAGUAAUCUUAUAUACUACAUGAGGACAAACCUACCAAGCUAAAACAUAAAAAUAUUCACCUAUAGGCCUAAACCCUUCUUUUUUUUAAGAUAGAACAAUAAGAAGUCAGGCUUUGAGUUUAUGGAAGACGAAACGAUAAAUGUCAGAAUAGAGCCAAACUAGAAUGAAAGACAAGAUCCUCACUAUCAAGAAAGAAUCAUAAGAUUCAACAAAAACGAACAUUUUGAAAUGGAGGAAAUAUUUCCUGAUUUCUCUUAUUUUUUUUCAACUGUCUACCUUCAUUCUCACUACCCAAAAAAUAAAGAAUUGUAUUUAAUUUAUACAAUAAGAAACGAUACUUAUUUGUAAUACGAAUACCAACAACUAUAUAACGUAACAUAUUUGCACACAAACCUAUUCUUCUCUAUUUAAAAUUACUAAGACUCAGAGAAAAUUACACUCCCAUUCAACAAAAUUAAGAAAGAAGAAUGGAAGAGCAACUAACAAAUAUUAAAAGCAAAAAUAGAGGAAGUUGAUGAUGUUUACUUCUAUAAAUAUUGCUCAUAGACUUAGGGAGGGCUUUUUUCUUGGUUUUCAAGUUAAUAGUCUAAGCUCACUUAGUUUGAAAAGUGGAAUAAGAUAGAUUAUAAUCUUCUGAUAUUAAAAAACCAGAAUAUGAAUUCAAGAUUGCAUAUUAGCUUUUCUUAUGGUGAGAAUGAUUGUGAUUACGUAAAUAUACUUAACACUUAGAAUAAAGAUUUGAUAUUAGUUCACGAUACUAAGAGUCAUGAUAUAUAUAAUAUGUUUUUAAAAGAUAAAUCUGUAAAUGAGCAAAGGGCAUGGUAUUAAAAUACUAACAAUAUGUAAUAAAGAAGUGGAAGUUAAGUCAUGCUUAGCUAGGAAAAUAACUUAAAUGAAUAUAGCAGAAGCAUAGGAAAGUUUAGUAAAGUUAUUAUCUUGAAUAUGCAUGUGAUCUUAUGCUGCAUGUUAAUCUCUAUUUAAAUUAAAUACUACGAGCCAUCUUGCUAUCAAGAUGCACCUUCACAUAUAAAUAUUCUCUGUAGCAACCUAACUAAAUUUGUUUUGUGCUACGGACUCACUAUUUUCUCAAUUAUAUCCCUACAAAAGUGGCUGUUCAAUGAUGAAAUGAGAGAAUAAUAAAAUUAUAAUAAUUACAAUAUGUAAUCAGUAGAGUACUAUGCUAGCUCAUUUUUGACAUCUUUUAUCAUCACUUUUAUCACUAUAUCUACUUAUAUUCUGGUACAAUUUGUAUUUUAAGUCUUCUCCUUCUUUAGCUAUUUAGUAUGUUCUCUCAUUAAAUAUAUUCUAACUCAAUCCAAGCUGAUUAAAAGAUUUGCUUAGAGUAAGUACUUCUUCUUUUUAAACGCCAUCACCCUGUUCAUGCCUUUAAUUUUUCUUACAAAUUACUACCUUAAAUGGAUUAUCCUUUUUGCAGUCUUUUGGAUACUGCUUGGUGUUCUGUAAGGUAAUAAAACAGACUAUGGACAUAGCAACAAUAUACUACAUGGAUUUGCAUACUUAAUGUUUUUGUACUUUAUUCUGAACAUCCAUAACUUGUUAGCAGGGUAAAUCUAGUUAUAAAACAGCCACAAGUUAUUUAAAAAUUUAAUGUUUACAGAAGAAUUCACUAGUGAAUUCUUUACAAUGGUUUGCUGGUUUUUCAUCUUGACAAGAUUAGAAAAUCUGAUUGGAAAUCUAAGAACCCCUUUAUAAAUAAUUUUCAUUUUGCUAUCACUUUUCUUAUUCUUCUUCUUAUUUUAAUCUGUGUAACACGCUAACUACUAUCUCUGCAACUUAUCCUACCUGCUUAUGUUCUUUGCCAUAUACUACCACAACCAAAAGGCUCCAAUAGUAGCUCAGAUUCCGUAAAACCAAUAGUAUUGACUAAUAAGAAAGGAAAAAAUUGUAAUAAAUAAUAAAUCAACAAAAUAAAGUGCUUAUUUCAAGAAAACAAACAACAUGAUUAAUCUCAAUUAUUAAAUAAUUAAUACAUUUAAUUUCAAUUAUUUUAAAACAUUCCGUUUUAUGCACAUAUUGACUUAUUGACGCAUAUAUACAUACAUUCUUCCUUAAAAC